CCCCCCGUUUUUUCAGACCUGGGCUUGUUCAGCACCAAGACCCUGGUGGAGGCCAGCGGCGAGCACGCGGUCGAGGUGCGCACGCAGGUGCAGCAGCCCUCGGACCAGAACUGGGACCUGUCGGGGACGCGCCAGGUGUGGCCCUGCGAGAGCAGCCGCUCGCACACCACCAUCGCCAAGUACGCCCAGUACCAGGCCUCCUCCUUCCAGGAGUCCCUGCAGGAGGACAAGGACAGUGAGGACGAGGAGGCCGAGGAGCCCGACAGCACCACCGAGACCCCGCCCAGCCCCCCCGACCAGAAAUCCCACCAGAUCAUCAAGUUCGGGACCAACAUCGACCUGUCGGACGCCAAGAGGUGGAAGCCGCAGCUGCAGGAGCUGCUGAAGCUGCCGGCGUUCAUGCGCGUGUCCUCCACGGGGAACAUGCUGAGCCACGUGGGCCACACCAUCCUGGGCAUGAACACCGUGCAGCUCUACAUGAAAGUGCCCGGCAGCCGCACCCCCGGCCACCAGGAGAACAACAACUUCUGCUCGGUGAACAUCAACAUCGGCCCCGGCGACUGCGAGUGGUUCGCGGUGCACGAGCACUACUGGGAGACCAUCUCCGCCUUCUGCGACAGGCACGGCGUGGAUUACCUGACGGGCUCGUGGUGGCCCAUCCUGGAGGACCUGUACCGCUCCAACAUCCCGGUGUACCGGUUCGUGCAGCGCCCCGGGGACCUGGUGUGGAUCAACGCCGGCACCGUGCACUGGGUGCAGGCCACGGGCUGGUGCAACAACAUCGCCUGGAACGUGGGGCCGCUCACCGCGUACCAGUACCAGCUGGCCCUGGAGCGCUACGAGUGGAACGAGGUGAAGAACGUCAAGUCCAUCGUGCCCAUGAUCCACGUGUCCUGGAACGUGGCCAGGACCGUCAAGAUCAGCGACCCCGACCUCUACAAGAUGAUCAAGUACUGCCUGCUGCAGUCCAUCAAGCACUGCCAGGUGCAGCGCGAGAGCCUGGUGCGCGCGGGGAAGAAGAUCGCCUACCAGGGCCGCGUCAAGGACGAGCCGGCCUACUACUGCAACGAGUGCGACGUGGAGGUGUUCAACAUCCUGUUUGUGACGAGCGAGACGGGCGGGCGCAACACGUACCUGGUGCACUGCGAGGGCUGCGCGCGGCGCCGCGGCGGCGGCCUGGCCGGCGUCAUCGUCCUCGAGCAGUACAAGACCGAGGAGCUGAUGCAGAUCUACGACGGCUUCACCCUGGUGACGCCGCCGACCCCCAGAUGAGCCCUGCCCCCCCCGGGGGCCACCGCGGCGGGGGAGGGGCCGGGGGGGACCGCCCCUCCCCCCACGAACACUUUUUAUUUAUUCACGGAGAAAUCGCCCCAAAAAUCGCCGGGCCGGACAGGACGCCCCUCCCCCACGGCGGGGGGAGGGGCUUUGGGUGGGAACCCCCGGUUUUAUACAAAAACCCCAAUUCCAGGAACCCACCGAGCCCCUCCCCCGCCGCCCCGCCCCCCGCCGUGGGGGAUGGGGGGGGGUCUCUGCUGCCCCUCCCCCACCCCCGCGUUUGGGGGUCUGUGAACUCACAGGGGGUGGGGGGAGGGGAGGUUCCGCUCCGGCCCCUCCCCCCCCCCCAUUUUGGGGGAGUUUUUGCCCCUCCCCCCACUCAAAGGGGGGGCCUGGGGGGGGUCCCCGCCCCCUCCCCUCAGCAUUAAAGGGGGGGAGGGGCUGGGGGGAGGGGCACUUUUUUUGGGAGGGGUCGGACCCCUUGCCAAGAUUCAACCAAAAACUCGCCCCACCCCCACACCCAGCCGCCCCUCCCCCCCCAUACGGGUCCGGGCCGGGGGGAGGGGCACUGGGGGGGGAGGGGCAGGAUUUUUUUGGGGGGUGCCCCCUCCGCCCCUCCCCCCUCGCGGGGUGGGGCUCAGGUCUCUACGGGGGGGGAGGGGCUCCCCCCCACCCAUGGUGCAAAGGGGGGAGGGGCCUGUGCUACCCCCUCCCCCCCAAAAGGGGGGGCAGCAGCAGCCCCCCCGCGGGGGGAGGGGCCUCGGGGUGCCCCUCCCCCCCUUUCCCCGAGCCUCGUUUUGGGUUUUUCGC